AUGCAGCAGGCCCUGCAGUCCUGUGUCCUUGUGAUGCAGCGACUGAACCACUGCUACGAGCAGUUGACUGCCGUUAAGGUACCGAUCUGCGAUGCGAAGACCCACUACGUGAGCGUCCGUGACAGCCUUCAGACGGUCCACACUGCAUCUAAGAGCAUUAAGGACUUCGCCAACAGGUUCGCAAACUUUCCGAAAAUCGGCCAGUUUGCAAAGAGUGUGGCAAACAUCUUCCAGCAAGUUCACGACAAAACGAAGGAUCCAUUGAAGAAGGUGAAGGAGUUCAAGAAGUCGAAAUACGGGGACAAGUUCGAGGUUAUGGACUGUUGCAUUCCCUGGUUCCUCCUCUCGAAGAGCGACCUGGACAAGUGCAACGUGUAUCCAGGAAAGAGUCACCGGUGUGGAGGAUGCGACGGUGGUUUGAUGUGCAACGUUUACAAAACCUGCAACAUCUUCACAAAGACGGAGUUGAUGAUCGACGAUUACGGCGAGCUCAUCAUGCUGCCUUUGAUCGGUGCGAUAGCAUUGUUCCUGCAAGAUCACGGCACCUUCAAAUCUUGUGGAUUCAGCACAUGUGACCAGAUCAAGAAGGUGACGGACCACAUCCAGCAGCAGUUCGAGAUCAGCUUUCUCAACCAGUGCCCGCUUGAAUUGCCCAGCUUCGACUUCCCAAAGCCCAACUUUUUGGCCUUGGUGGGCAAUGUCAUGGAAAGCAUUGAAAGCGUCUUGCACAAGCUCGAUACGAUCAUGAACAAGGAGCACUGCAUAGAGUACGACUGGCCUAAAAGCGAGAUUCGACACAAAAAAGUGUCAGUAUGUAUCAAGUACGUCAAAUGGAGUCGCCGCCGCCGCAGAGCGGGUUUCAAAAAGAAGAAGUCGUGCGUUUCGGAAAAUAUCCCAUACACCCACUUCUUUGUCGAGAGAAAGCGGCACUGCUUCAGCGCAAAGAAGAUCCUGGACGGCAUCUCUGGUGCACUGGAGGCAGCAUUUGGACCAAUCUUGAAAGCCGUUGAGGCAGCCAUCAAUGCGGUCCUGAAUCCGGUCCUGAACACCAUGGCUGGGGUUGUGGACGAGGUCACGAAGCCGCUGUCAAAUCUUAAGAUUGAUCUGCCUUUUGAUGUGGGCGGCAUGAUUCCCGAGAUCCCGGGCAUCAUUGAUCUGCAGUGUCCAGACAUGCUGAACUUGGCCCGCUGA